AUGGAGGACGGAACAGACAACAUAGCAGUCAAGGUGGAGGAGCACUCUCGGUGUGUCAUCCUGACCUACUUCCAGGGAGACAUCAACAGCAUGGUGGACGCUCACUUCAGCCGAGCUCUCAGCAAAGUCUGCAAGGCCAAGGCACCAGCAAAGACAAAGAAAACCCGUAAAACUAUUAAAAUGGAGGACAGCAGCCCCUGUCAGGGGACACCUGUUGACUGUUACUCAGAGCCGCAGGUCCCUCCUGUAGCAGGAUGUCUCCUGAACUUCAGCCCUGCAGACAACGCUCCUGGCCCCUGGCACUCAUUCACUUCCAGGGCCGGAGAGGGCCCGGGGUUGCCGUCCAUCACCUACUCUCUGUCCCCAGAAGGGUUGAGUCUUACCGGACAGCAAUACGCCACGUCCCUGCUCAACCUACUGCACAGUGACCGAGGGGAGGUGGGACCCAGCAUGGCCUCAAGCUCCAAGCCGGAGCUGCAUCCCAACUGGACAGUGCCUCAAGGAUUUAGAGACUCCGUGGACCCUGGUGUAGGAUUUGAACCUGGACGCCGUCUGGACAAGAAGGACUUGUACUGGUAUUGAGGAGCGAGUGGCCGGAGCAGCAGAGAAAGGGAAUGGCUUUCCACAGCCACAUACCUGUGGCCGCUCGGCUUUCUGUUAAGCUGUCAGAUGUUUUCUCGUCAAACAGGCCUCACUGAGUGUCAUAACACACAGAAGAAGAAGUACUGUGGCGCUUCCAUUCCCUUCUCUCCACUUCUAAGGGAAAUGACCUCAGUGCAUCAGCAUGCACCAACUGGAACAACCUUUGACAGAGAACACUCUCUGACAAACCUGUUCUUCAACUCUGUCUGUCCUCUUGUAAAUUUUUAAAGCACUGUAUUGCUCCCGGUGGAUGAAGGGCAUUUCUCUCAGUAGGCCAACACUUGUAAAUAGACUAGUAUUACAGUAAGUUAAAGUGUGAACAUUUGUGAGUUUAUAAAUAUUGAUGUUAAUAUCUGUCAACAGUUAUCCCAUAUUAGCUUCUAUGUGAAAAACAAAAUAAAUGAAGGAUAGUGAUGUAAAUUACUUGUUUUCUGUAAUAUUAAACUUAUAUCAUGCACUGUACAAAAAUGCAUUCGUAUGCA